UUUUAUUUCUCCUAUCUGAUGACGGCACGGCGGCUGAUUUGCCCGCUAGCGCGUCAGGGCCUGAGGCAUCAAAUCGCAGCCGUACGGUUGCGGAUGGAGGCGUCCCAACUUUGAGAUAAGGUAGGUGCCUACUAUAGACUACCAAACAUACCAGACAUGACUGGUCACCAUAACGCCCAGACGCUGUGUUCGAUAUCCUUUCACGACAUAUUAUAGAGGCACUGGCAUUCCAUAAUCUCCUCUUGGGCUUUCUUGCUUCCCGUUCGACCCCCUUCUUGUCGAUUUGUUUCCAAUUCCAUUCCAGGGACAGCUGGACGUUCUACUUUCGGCUUCAUCGCCAUAUUAUCAUGAGAUGUGGAUCCUACCUCUUGUCGGCUACUUAGGGGUCAUUGUAGGAUUUACUUUCCUAACACUAGCUAUAGCAUCGGGUCUAUACUAUCUAUCAGAACUCGUGGAAGAACAUACAGUCUUCGCACGUCGGGUGUUGACUCGAUUGAUAUACAGUAUCAUCGUCAUCCAGAUUCUUCUCUUCCUCUUCGAUCGAUUUCCCUUCUUCCUCUCCAUCUUCAGUAUCGGCUCACACAUCGUGUACGCGAGCAAUUUACGACGUUUCCCAAUCGUUAAAUUGUCCGAUCCAUUAUUUAUUUUAUCAUGUGUUCUCGUCGGCUUGAAUCACUGGCUCUGGUUCCGCCAUUUUUCGAAACCGAUGCCCUCAUCACGAGUGGGCGCCAACUGGCGUCAGCCGUACCAAGUUGAUAUCGAAGAUAUGCCAACUUUCACCGAGGUGGCUUCUUACUUUGGACUCUGCGUGUGGCUAGUUCCAUUUGCCCUUUUUGUUAGUCUCAGUGCAGGGGAAAAUGUCUUGCCAAGUAUGGGAUCUGAGUAUGCGACAGGCGAGCAUGUUCCUACGGGUGGACGUACUCGCAGUGCUCUGUCGUCAGAUGCGAAAAUGAAGAAUAAGGGAAUGGCAAAAGCCGUAGUAGACGGCGUCAGGGAUUGGAUUAGCGAAAACGGCGAACUGAUGGGCCUCUGGAGGGGUGAGCGGACAAGAAGGUUUUAAAUGCGAAGUCUACCACCACCAUUCGUAGACCAGCCAUGCUAGUCUGCGUUUUUGAUUUGCUUGUUCCGACAGACCUCGCAAAGUAAAUCACCCUAUUGGAGAAUAGCUCAGUUGGUGAUUGUAAUAACCCAUGACUUUAAACUGUGGGCAAAAGGUUAUAAACAAGUACAGUUUGAUACAAAGCUCGGAAGCCUCAAAUAGAUACUGCUUGAUAUAGCUCGCACUGGGGUCAGCCAAAGUCACAAAACGGUGUCCAAACACGUCUGUAUCAGAUGAUUAAGGCACUGACUCUUGGGCCACGGUUGCCAAGAUAUAUUCC